AUGGCCAAGCGAGCGGUAGCUAUCCCCGAGUCUGAUGAGGAAGAAGAAGAAGAAGAGGAAAUUUGUACGUGAACAUCACUGUUGCCAAGCGCAUCACGCGACGCGUUGCUCCCCAAGCCGCGCGAGAUGCCUCACCAGUGAGUAAGGCUGACCGUGCACCCUACCACCUUCAUCACAGUUGAGGUGUCCAAGAUAUUGGAUCACAAGCAUGCGCCCAAGGUGAGUGGGCUCCACGGGCAUGUGGCGUCGUUUCGGCGGUGCGGGUGGUGCCUCUUAAACGACGACGCGUCGCGGACAUCGUCCGACACCAGAACGUGCGAGGAUUCACCUCGCACAGCCCAAGUUGCUCAUCCACAUGAACCUUGUUUGAUCGUGCAAAGGCGGGACUUCAGUAUUUGAUCCGUUGGAAGGGCUACGAGGAUCCCAGCGAAGACACAUGGGAGCCCGAGUCGAAUGUCAAGUCAGUCCCAUCUUCUCCUGUAUUCGGAGGAUCCUGAUCUUCAUGCACGUGAGCUCACUAUUAUAUCCCAUCAUACUUCAGUGAAACUGCGUCUGCCAAAGUCAAGGCCUACUGGCGGACCGUCUCGGCGGACCGUCUCGGGGACCAAAAACUGUCCAAGCUGGCACCCUCCCCCUCGGCCGCCUUAGCCAAGAAGCGUCGAUCGAGCGAGCAGUCCGCAAGAGGCAAGGGCAAGGCCCAAGCCCACAAUCCAGAUUCAGAUUCAGACGAGGACGAGAAUCGCCGCCCCCCACCCAAGAAAGCGAGGGCCACCACUCCGACGGCGGAUGGAAACCGAGCGCCGAACUCGGCCUCACCUCGCAAGAAGCCUGUCGUUCCGGUCGAGACCAAGGCUGAGGAAGAAGAGGAGAAGAAGCCAAAGGAGGAUAUCAAGGAUAAGAAAGACGAUAAAAGAAGGAACGGGACGAAAUCUCCGGAAAAGGCCGAUGACAAGAAGACUUCCGUGGCGGAUGAGCAGGAUGCCGGCUCGAAUGGAGAUGAUACACUCGAUGGGUACGAGGCCGAGGGAGAGGAAACAGACUACCACCUCACGAAGUAUGCCGAUCUUGCAACAUUCGAUGUGAGUUGCCUAUCUUCUGUCGACGGCGGCCUGCCUCAUCCGAGCUUGUGAGUCUGAUUUGCCCACUUUUCAUCUGUGGCAGGAUAUCGUCGAUCACAUCGAGACGAUUGUCGCCGGGGACAAGAAGGAUGGUCACCGGAUGAUGGCGGUUUGGAAAAUCGAUGGUACACACUCGUAUUUGCCCGAGGCGAUAUGGCGACGGAAAUGUCCGCAAGCAGCACUCGACUUUUUCGUCAAACACCUCAAGUUCAAACCGACCAACAGCGAGAACGACGCCGGCGACGACGCCUGA